AUGUCCUCUAUUAAUUCAAUAAUAUACAUAUUACUUAUUUCUACUUUAUCAUAUUCAAAACCAAAUUCUUUACAAAAUGUUAUUUCAAGAGUAACAGUAUUUAUGACUAAUGAUACAAAAAUAUUAACAAACGAUCUUAAAAAAGAUGAUAAAACAAUUUUUGAUAAAACAAUUCAUCUGACAACUGAAGGUGAUAUGUUAGAUGUCCUUGAAAAAAAUUUACCAGUAUAUGGAAGACAUUUGAAAAAACUAGAAACAAAAUAUAAUUUAAAAUUUAAUUUACUUUCAAAUGAAUCUCAAAAUUUUGUUAUUGAAAUUGAAAAAAUACUUCCUGAAGAAAUAUUUGAAGAUAAAAAAAAACUUGAUAAUUUUAUAAAAAAUAUAUUUAUUCCAAAAUAUUUAAAACUUACAGGAGAAUCAAAAAAUGAGUUGAAAAAUUUUUACAAUAAAUCAGAAGGAAUACAAAUGGCAAUUGGAAUUUCAAAAUUGUAA